CUCCUGCCUCCCCCCCCACCCCCACCUACUAAGGCGCCCAGCAAGCUGCGCUCCGCUCACUGGCCGCUCGUCCCAGCCUGCCUAGCGAUCCUGCCGCGCCUCGGGCCAAGACCUCACCAAAAUGCCAUCUCAAAUGGAACACGCCAUGGAGACGAUGAUGUUCACGUUUCACAAAUUCGCUGGGGACAAAGGCUACCUAACAAAGGAGGACCUGAGAGUGCUCAUGGAAAAGGAGUUCCCUGGAUUUUUGGAAAAUCAAAAAGACCCUCUGGCCGUAGACAAAAUCAUGAAAGACCUGGACCAGUGCCGAGAUGGCCGAGUGGGCUUCCAGAGCUUCUUCUCGCUAAUCGCUGGGCUCACCAUCGCAUGCAAUGACUAUUUUGUAGUACACAUGAAGCAGAAGGGAAAGAAGUAGGCAGCUGAGCAGCUGCUUCCUCCCUGAUAAAGAGCUCUCCCAGUGGGUCGCUUACGGAAUCUCUGCCCCACAGCUUCCCCCGUAUGAGGAUUUCAUGAGCAGAUUGGGACCCUUAGAAAGUAUACAAAUAAAAUCCCACCCCCAUUUGACAAGAGAAAGAAAAGCCAAUUUAAGCCAGAUGAGCUUUUGAUUUUUAUAUUGCUUGCAUCCUCUUGCCCUCAAUAAACAAAUUUCUUUUUUUAGUUCAUAA